AUGAUAAAAGGCGUAGGAAGAAUUAUAUAUCUUUAUGGAAAAAAAAAUAAAAAAUGUAACAACAGAUUUUUCGUAGAUUUAAAAAAAAUAAAUUUCUGCAGUAACACAGAAGGGAAUUCUAUUCACCAUGGCAGUAGUAAUUCCUCUUCUGCCCCCAAAAAAAUUAGCCCUUUAUUUCACCUUUUUCACACGAACAUAAAGCCAUACUCAACGAGGGCUAUCAACGGCUUAGUAAAAGAAACGAAAAAAUCAAACAUCAAUUUUGAGCACAUUAUAAGAAUUUUAAAGUCCUUAAAGAGGGAAUAUGAAAACUAUGAUGAAAAGAAAAACUUAGAAGGAAAAGUAAAUUUUCUUUUGCCUCACAUAUUUGAAGAGUCCGAACGGAACUAUAUCCACUUUGCUUGUAUCCUACAUAAUUUUCAUAAAUUAAGAAAAAAAAUUUCGAACAAGUAUAAAAUAAAAGUAUACAACAGAUUUAAUAAUAUAUUUCUUAACAAUAUUAAUCUGUUUACCCUAAAGGAGUUAACGAUUAUAUUAAAAUGCUUGUCGGAAGAGAAACUUAUAAACAGUGAAAAAAUUGUUCAUUUCUGCAUAUUUAAAUUUAUAUAUUUCUUAACUUUAGACAUUUUACAUAAAAAAAAAAAAAAAAAUGACGUACUUUUAUACAACUUUCUUUUUCUCCUAAGUUAUAAUUAUAAAGAAUGUGUAAAAGAUUUUUUUAUCUUAAGCAUAGAUACUAUAAAUACGAAUGUUGAUAUGCAUUACUUUUACGAUUUGAUAUGUAACUUAAGUGAUGAAGACAAAAAAGGUCAAAUGUUGUAUUUCAAAAAUAAAUUUUCCAAAUAUGAAUAUAACUCCUUUAAUUUGCAUGAUUUGUCGACAUUCAUGUUUUUCUUAAAAAGUUAUCCCCUAAAUAUAAGAAGUUUGUCUAUGUAUACAUUUUUAUUACAUCUGUAUUUAUCCCUUAACUUUUUGGAAAGUAUUAUCACCACCUCUUUUCAUGAGCACCUAGAAAACAACUUUCUGCGGUUCGAAAAAAAGAAAAAAUUUGAAUUUUUGGAAAAAAAGGCUCCGCGUGAAUUAAGGAGCGAGGGAAUAGUGAAAGUGGAACAGAACAAAGAUGUACAAAAAGAAGCGGAUACAGAUGCAGAGGUAGACGUAGAAACAGAAGCAGAGGAAAAGGUAGACGUAGAAACAGAAGCAGAUGAAGAGGCAAAGGUAGAACAAGGGAGCCGCUGCAAUGGCGGGGAAAAUAAAGUGGGGCACUUCAAAAUGGACAGUGCGUCGGCAGCUAAAGACGAAAUAAUUGACCAUAUAUCAGAUCUAAUUGUGAAGGGGGGUGAAGCCAGUUCUUCCCCUUCUACUACCUUUCCAGCAGUACUGAAAAAAAAGGAUGAUAGGAAAAAAAAUAAGUGCAUAAAAGAAAACGUGCAUAGUAUGUCUAUCAUUAUUUAUGUUAGCAUUAAAAGAAAAUGGAAAAAUAAAUUUCUGUAUAUUUUGUCAAAUUAUUUGCUAUUGAAAUAUAUAAAUUUUAUAAAUUUAUUUGACUUAUGUAAUAUAUUUGACCUAAUUAUAUUUGAUACCAAAAUUUCAAGGAAAAAUUUUGAUAUUCUUUUUGAAAGAAUAAAAUAUUUAGUUUCAAAAGAAACUAAUAGCAAAACAUUUGCAAUUUUUUGUAUAAGCAUUAUGAGACAUAAAGAGGAUUUAAAAAAUCAUUUUAAUGAUAUUAUUAUUUCUAUAUAUAAAAUUAUAUUAAAUAAAAAAAAAUGUGAAAAGUUGUUUUAUCGGGAAAAUACAGUAAUUUUAGCUAAUAUAACAAAUUUUUUAGAAGAUCAAAAAAUUAGUUCCUUAUUUUAUUUAUAUUAUUUAACGAAGUUUACUAAUUUUUUAAAAUUCUUAAUUUUGCAGAAUAAAACGAAUAACCAUAAUUUAUUUUUAAGUGUAAUUGAUACGUAUGAUAUCCUUAGAACUUUUAUAAACAUUUUCAAAAUUUUCCAAAAAAAUAAAUAUUUUCAUCUAUCUCAAAAAAAAAAAAAAGUUUUUAUUAAUUUUAAUUUGUUACUGAGUUGUAUGCUUUAUUUUUUGAAAUAUGUAUGCUUUAAAAAUAUAACAGCACAAGAUAACUGUCUGUUAAAUAAUUCUUCACUUACUACUAUGAACGAUUUGAAGAAAAUAAAAAUAUUAAAUAGAACAUGUUAUCUUUUAAAUUUAUUACUUCAUCUUAUUAAAAAAAUGCGUAUGGACAACAUUAUUGAAGACUCAAAUGCACAACUGUCUUACGAAAUUUUUAGCUAUUUUAAAAAUAGUAUAUAUAAAAAUUAUCAGCAUAUCCUUUUUAGUAGUGGGAACAGUAAUAAAAAUCAUGUAAAUCAUAUUUUAAGUUUUAUAUUCAUUAUUAGCAAUGGAAGUUAUAUAAAGUGA